AUGGACCCAGCAUUCGUUCAAACCCUGCACCAGCUGCUCGAGGCGAGCAUCGCGCCCGACACUGCCGUGAUCAAGCAGGCUACUGCUACCCUCAACACUCAGUACUACAAGAACCCCGAGUGCAUUCCCGCCCUCUAUGAGAUCGCGGCCACCAGCCCCAACAUGGCGAUCCGCCAGCUUGCGUCGGUUGAGCUUCGCAAGAGGGUGUCGUUCGGUGACGGCAAGCUCUGGAAGAAGACCCCCGAGCCUGUUCGCGCCCAGAUCAAGGCCAACAUCCUCACCCGCUUGACUCAGGAGACCGCCUCGAUUGUUCGCCACGCCCUUGCCCGUGCCGUCUCGGCCAUUGCCGACCUCGAGCUCACUGUCAACCCCCCUCAGUGGCCCGACCUCAUGCCCGGUCUCUACCAGGCUGCUCAGUCGACCGAGGUUAUCCACCGCGAGACUGCCAUCUACGUCCUUUUCUCGCUCCUUGACACCGUCGUCGACACCUUUGAGGAGCACCUGAAGACUCUCUUCGAGCUCUUCUCCAAGUCGCUCGUUGACCCCCAGUCGGGUGAGGUCCGUAUGACCACCCUCCGUGCCCUUGCCAAGGUUGCCGAGUACAUCACCACCGAGGACAAGCACGACAUCAAGGCUUUCCAGGAGCUUAUCGUCCCCAUGCUCAACGUCCUCCAGCAGGCCGUCACCGACGAGGACCACGACGGCGUCAAGCACGGCUACGAUGUCUUUGAGACCCUCCUUAUCCUUGACACCCCCCUUGUCUCCAAGCACGUUACCGAGCUUGUCCAGUUCUUCCUUGGUGUCGCCUCGAACCAGGAGGUCGACGAGUCGAUGCGUUGCGGUGCUCUUAACGUCCUUGCCUGGAUUGUCCGUUACAAGAAGUCCAAGGUGCAGGCUCUUGGCCUCGCCAAGCCCAUUGUUGAGGGUCUCCUUCCCAUCGGUUGCGAGGAGGACCCCGAGGACGCUGACGAGGACUCUCCUUCGCGUCUCGCCUUCCGCUGCCUCGACUCGCUCUCGCAGUCGCUCCCUCCCCAGCAGGUCUUCCCUGUUCUCUCCGCUCAGCUCCAGGUCUACAUGUCGUCGGCCGACCCCCGCAUGCGCAAGUCGGCCCUCAUGGCCUUCGGUGUCUCGGUUGAGGGCUGCUCGGAGUACAUCCGCCCCCACGUUGACCAGCUCUGGUCGGUUAUCGAGGGCGGUCUCCGUGACCCCGAGGUGAUUGUCCGCAAGGCCGCCUGCAUUGCCCUCGGCUGCAUGUGCGAGUGGCUCUCGGAGGAGUGCGCUACCCGCCACGCCACCAUUGUCCCCAUCCUCUUCGACCUCAUCGUCGACCCCGCCACCCAGAAGAACGCCUGCACUUGCCUCGACUCGUACCUCGAGAUUCUCGGUGACGACAUUGUCAACUACCUCCCCCUCCUCAUGGAGCGUCUCCUCAUCCUCCUCGAGUCUGGCCCCGUCAAGGUCAAGAUCACCGUCACUGGCGCCAUCGGCUCGGCCGCUCACGCCGCCAAGGACAAGUUCCGCCCCUACUUUGACCAGACCAUCAAGCGUCUUGUGCCCUUCAUCACCCUUGCCGGUGACGAGGACGAGAUGGACCUCCGUGGUGUUGCCACCGACACCAUCGGCACCAUCGCCGAGGCUGUUGGCGCUGAGCUCUUCCGCCCCUUCUUCCAGGAGAUGAUGAAGGCCGCCUUUGAGGCCCUCACCAUGGACAACACCCGCCUCCGCGAGUCGUCGUUCAUCUUCUUCGGUGUCAUGGCCCAGGUCUUCGAGGGCGAGUUCUCCGUCUUCCUUCCCCAGUGUGUCCCUGCUCUUGUUGCCUCGUGCCAGCAGAACGAGUCGGCCGACGAGUACCUCGAGGAGGGCACCAACGUCAACGACGCUGCCGCUGCCUUCGCCACCGGUGCCGGUGCCGACGACGAGGACGACCUUGAGGAGGAGACCGACCUUGACGCUCUCGAGGCCAUGUUCUCGAAGGUCAACUCGGCCGUCGCUAUUGAGAAGGAGGUUGCCGCCGACACUAUCGGCGAGCUGUUCAACGCCACCAAGGCUGCCUUCCUUCCCUACGUUGAGGAGACCAUGCAGGUCCUCAUCGACCUCCUUGACCACUACUACGAGGGUAUCCGCAAGGCUGCCGUCGGCGCUCUCUUCCAGUUCAUCAAGGCUGUGUACGAGCUUGCCGGUGCCGAGGACUGGGUCCCCGGAGCUGUCGUCAAGGUUCCCUUCCACGCCGACGUCAAGAAGAUUGUCGACCACAUCCUCCCCCACAUCUUCGAGAACUGGAAGACUGAGGACGACAAGGGUGUUGUGAUCCUUCUCUGCUCGGAGCUCGCCGACUCGAUGAACAAGUGCGGCCCCGCUCUUGUUGAGGGCCACCUCGACACUGUCGCCACCCUCGCCAUUGAGAUCCUCGAGAAGAAGUCGCUCUGCCAGCAGGACCCCGACGGAGACGACGAGGCCGCCGCUGACGGUGACUCGUCCGAGUACGAGUCGGCUCUCAUCUCGAACGCCGCCGACGUCUUCGGCGCCAUGGCCGCUGUCCUUGGCCCCGACUUUGCCCAGGCUUUCGGCCAGGUCCUCCCCCUCAUCUCCAAGUACGCUGAGGCUAAGCGCAUCUCGUCGGAGCGCUCAAUGGCCAUUGGCUCGCUUGGCGAGGUCAUUGUUGGCCUCAAGGGCGGUGUCACCCAGUUCACCCAGCCCUUGCUCGAGGUCAUCUCGCGUGGUCUCCAGGACGAGGAGGCUGACGUCCGCUCCAACUCGGCCUUCGCCGCCGGUGUUCUGAUCCAGAACUCGGAGCAGGACCUCUCGCAGCACUUCCCCGCCGUGCUCGGUGUGCUCCAGAACUUCUUCACCGUUCCCGAGCACUCGGCUCCCGCCGUGUACAACGCCCGCGACAACGCCGCCGGUGCCCUCGGCCGCAUGGUUGUCAAGAACGCCGCUGCCCUUCCCCUCGACCAGGUCGUCUCGGCCCUCGCGUCGGUCAUGCCCCUGCAGUUUGACCCCCUCGAGAACCGUGCCGUCUACGGUGCCAUCUUCACCCUGUUCCGCUCGCACCCCCAGGUGCUUGAGGCCCAGCUUGACCAUCUCCUCCAGGCGUUUGCUUACAACCUCUCGCCCGCCAACGAGGACGACACCACCCCCGAGACUCGCGCCGAGCUCCGCGCCCUCGUCGAGCACCUCAAGGCCUCCGUGCCCGAGAAGGUUGCCGCCGCUGGCCUUUAA